AUGAAGUUUCUUGGAAACAGGAAGGGGCCAAGAUUGAAAGUUAUCAAGAAGCUUGCAACAGAAAAAAGCUUUCAGAAUACGAGAAUCUCGACUGUCCUCUUGAAGGAGUUUGGGAAAAUCGAGACCACUGGUGUGAUGUGUAGGAGGAAGCGCACCCUGCAGUGCCACCUUCUAUAUUUUCUUUGCGGAAUUUUUGGAGCUUUGGUGAUUGAAGUAAUCUUUGUGGUCACCGAAAGUGAGUACAUGGAGCAGAGAAAGGUAAUUUGGCAGAAAAUAUUAGACAUUUUGUUAAAAAAAGGAGAAACCUGUCCACGGACUCAAAUCUUUCCAGGUACAAGAUUCGCCGAGUUUGCUUAUACAGUAAUAAUGGAAGAAAGAAACAAGGACUUGGAAAACAUAUGCAUGCCGGAAGCAAAGAAGAGUGAUUCUAUUGGACAAUUUGAGAAUUUUGAGCAUCAAUCAGCUGAUGGAGAUACAGAGUUAGCCAGUAUGAAUUUCGGGAUCCCCACAAAAAAAAUCAAAUGCCAACUCUCUGAUGAUUUAAAUAAUUUCAGCAGUAGCAUGAAACGCAGCAACGAUCAUGUGCUGUUACUUCUGCUAGCCCUGAUGAUGAUGGUAACCUUAGUGGCUGCGUCAAGGCAUGGAGUCGUUCACGACCAGCCCCAAGAGAGACAAGAUUCUGUUAUUGCACUGCUAUUCAUACUGUGUAACUCAACGGCGUUUGUAUCUUCAUUAGCCGGGGUUAUCUAUCCCUUGCACGAAUUCCCAUUUAAGCCAUGGCCACAGAUUACUGUUUCUAUGUUGUUUGGCCCCUAUACGUUGCUUGUAUUCAAGAUAUCACCAAAUCAAGCUUUGCCUCAACUUGGCCUUUCUAUUCCCAUACUCUUAAUUCCGGCAGCAAGAAAACUGUCUGACUUUGUUUGGGGGAAGUCAUUUUCUGGAUCCGGUGACACUUACCCUACACGACGAAGGUUUUAUCCUGUGUUUUCUAUUCUAUUAUCCUGAUGCUGGUGUUACUUUUGCCAUGCCGCUAGUUAAUUUGUGUACUCUACUUUCUUGUAUGGCUAGCCAAUCUCUUGAAUAGAAUUUUGAUGUGGUACAAAACCUUGCAGACGC